AUGAGCUGGACAGGGUCUGUUUCCUACUUUGAUGUAGCUUAUCGAGAUCUGAUAUCCACUAGGUUCAAGAAGUCGCUGAAUAGGGCGGGUACCACGGUCUUGCAAAAGACCGGACAGAUCGAACGUACAAUAGACCGUGAAUUUGCAGAUGAAGAAUCCAAGUACAGAGCGUACGUGCAUCAACACUUCGAGAAGGAGUGUCAAGCAUUGCAGAAGGACGCUAAACAAUAUCAGGAUGCCAUGCGCUCGAUGACAACCACACAGGCGCGGUUGGCUGAGACCAUCGAGACCUUCUACGGCGCUGCAGAUCGCUCAUCAGAUGGUGCUAUGGCAAGUCACGCUUUCAAGAGCGCAGUGGAGGAGCUUGAUGGGGGCAUUCAGAGGGAACUUGAAGGUCCCUAUCGUACGACCAUCAUGGAACCCCUCGGGAAGAUGAACGCAUACUUCCCCGUCGUGAACGAGCAUAUCACCAAACGUAACAAAAAGCUCCUGGACUUUGACGCGGCACGUAGCAAACUACGAAAGGUAAUCGAGAAACCAAGUGAAGACCCAACAAAGCUUCCAAAAGCACAACAAGAACACGACGAUGCGAAAGAGGUUUUCGAGCUUAUGAACGAUCAGCUCAUCUCAGAGCUUCCGCAGCUCUUGGAUCUGCGCAUACCAUAUUUCGAUCCCAGUUUUGAAGCUAUGAUUCGCAUGCAAUGUAAGUUUGCUGAGGAAGGAUAUGAGAAGAUGAGCGCUGUACAGAGGUAUUUUCCUGACAAUGUGCGAGAUGAUUAUGCUGCAGGUCAGCUGGAUGCGCAGGUCGAGGCGGUCUUACAGGAAAUGAGGGAACUAUCUAUCUGCGGGGCGAACUGA